UAUCUUUACAGACAUAUAUUCUCUCUCUUUCGCUCUCUAUCCUUUCAGGAGACCCAAAAACAGUAACCAAAACAUUCUUAUCUAUCAAUGCACAGCUAAUUUUCUAUAGAGAAAAGAGUCAGAAAGAGAUGAUGAGAUCACCUCAGGUACGAAACGGCGUCGUUGAGACACCUUCACCAUCACACUUCCAUUCCAGUGUGUCAGUACACAAGCUCAGGCGUUUCAACAUUUUGGUUAUCGUUUUUCGAUUUGCUUGUUUUUGCUUCUCACUUGCUUCAGCUAUUUUCAUGUUCACUAAUUCUCGACGUGGCGAUGAUUUGCCUCAGUGGCACCACUUCGAUGCCUUCAGGUUUGUGGCUGUUGCUGGUGCAAUUGUUGCAUUAUAUUCACUCUUCGAAGUAGGAGCAUCCGUUUGGGAGAUUUCUAGAGGCGCCACUGUUUUCCCUGAAGUUGCACAAGUUUGGUUUGAUUUCGGCCACGAUCAGGUUUUUGCGUACCUGUUAUUGUCAGCGGAAUCGGCGGGAACGUCGUUAGCUCGGUCGUUGAAGGAGAUAGACACGUGUACGGUUAACAAUGCGUUCUGUGUACAAUCGGAUAUCUCAAUAGCCCUUGGAUUUGCCGGGUUCAUGUUCCUCGGCUUUUCCUCACUCUUGUCGGGUUUCCGCGUCGUAAGUUUUAUUAUCAAUGGCUCUCGAUUUCAUGUGUAA